AUGUAUGAUACUAAAAUGCUUUAUCUGUUUUCGCCUCUUGUGUUUUCUAUGGGUUUGAAGGACUGGAUAUCUUACACCAUUGUGUACCUCUGCCUUAGUGCAACGCCGAAGAACUACCAGCAUGUUCUCUCUUUGGUAUUUACUGUGAAGGAGAUCAAUGAGAAUCCCAAGAUCCUACCAAAUGUGAGCUUCGGGUUCCAAAUCUAUGACAGCUUCUUAAAUGCAAAAAUGACCCAACAGAACACACUGAAACUUCUCUCCAUGAGGGAAAAGAUUACCCCCAAUUUCAAAUGUGACAAACAAAAGAAUCUGAUAGCUGUUAUUGGGGGACUUAACUCUGAAACCUCACUUCACAUGGCUACUAUCUUAGGCAUCUAUAAGAUUCCACAGCUUAACCCUUUCCUGAGGAGUAUCUCAUUUAACAACACUGCUGGUGACACAGUGUCUUUUGACGAGAAUGGUGAAUUAGCAGCUGGAUUUGAUAUAAUAAACUGGGUUACUUUCCCAAAUCAAUCCUUCUUACGAGUGAAAGUAGGAAGGCUGGAACCUCAGGCUUCACCAGGCCAGAAGUUCAGCAUGAAUGAGGAGAGCAUCACAUGGCACAGUAUGUUUGAUCAGAUGUUGCCUCUAGCAGUAUGUAAUGACAACUGCCACCCAGGUUACAGGAGGAAAAAGAAGGAGGGGGCACCAUUCUGUUGUUAUGAUUGUACUCUGUGUCCAGAGGGGAAGAUUUCAGACCGGAAGGACAUGGAUGAUUGUUACAAAUGCCCAGAAGAUCAAUUUCCAAACAAAGAUCAAAAUCAAUGUCUUCCUAAGCUUCUGAAUUUCCUCUCUUUCUCAGAACCACUGGGGAUUAUUUUAACUUUCUUAGCUGUAUCUUUUUCUCUAAUCACAACUUUGGUGCUAGGAAUUUUCAUUAAGAACCAAAAUACUCCCAUUGUCAAAGCUAACAAUCGAGACCUCACGUUCUCUCUGCUCUUCUCCAUAUUGCUCUGUUUUUACUGUUCUGUACUGUUCAUUGGCCGACCCCAUACAGUGACCUGCUAUUUACGACAAACUGCCUUUGGCAUCAUCUUCUCAGUGGCUGUUUCGUGCAUAUUGGCCAAAACAAUCACUGUGGUUCUGGCUUUCAUGGCCACCAAGCCAGGAUCCAGAAUGAGGAAAUGGGUGGGGAAAAAACUCACAAAUGUUAUUCUUCUUAGUUGCUCUAUUAUUCAAGUGAGUAUUUGCGCUGUAUGGCUAUGCACAGCUCCUCCAUUCCCAGAUGUUGACAUGUACUCUUUGGCUGAAGAAAUUGUAGUGGAAUGCAAUGAAGGGUCUGUCUUUAUGUUUUAUUGUGUCCUGGGUUAUCUGGGUCUCCUGGCCAUUGUUAGCUUCACUGUGGCUUUCCAGGCCAGGAAAUUGCCAGACAGUUUCAAUGAAGCCAGAUUCAUUACUUUCAGCAUGUUAAUGUUUUGCAGUGUUUGGUUGUCUUUUGUUCCAUCUUACCUGAGCACUAAAGGAAAGCACAUGGUGGCUGUAGAGAUCUUUUCCAUCUUGGCCUCCAGUGCUGGGUUACUAGGUUGCAUAUUUUUCCCAAAAUGUUACAUAAUUAUCCUGAGGCCUGAUUUGAAUAGCAAGCAUCAUCUAAUUAGGAGAAAUUAG